AUCCAUGCCAUGGAGGCUGCUCCUUGUCACUUUGCCCAUUUGGUCGUGGGCUACGCUCUUUGCCUAGAGACUUGCUGCUGGCUACCUGCGAAGCCAUCUUUUCUCAAGCAUCUCGUGCAACAUUCCUUGGCACUGAUCAGUAGGAAAACCAACUUCAGCGUCGAGGAACUGGUGCACGUGGAUCAUUACAUCACAGCGAUUCUGCAGUUGGUGAGCACUAAAGGAACACUUCAGGAGGCCAACGAUUUGUCCAUGACUUACUACCCUGUAAAUGCUGGGCUUCCUUUGGACAACAGCUACGUUUCAUUGUUUCGAUUGCUGGCUGUGGUUCCAUUUACCAGAAGUUUGGAUAUUCAAGGUCUGAAGCUGGGGAUGGGAUUGCUGAAAGCUAAUGUUCAGGCUAUACCUUCUUUUGAUCCGUUGAGAAUCGACUACAUUCUCAUGUGCAUGUUGACUCUGCUUGAUAUCGGUGAAUCAGGAAUAUUCUUUCUCUUUUUUUUCAUCUUUUUUAGGGCCUGGCACGGGGAGCUGAGUGAUCGCGCAAUGAACGCUUGGUCCGAGAGAGCUGCUCAAUACGAGACGGAUGAAACCUUUUCUUCGGCGUUGGAAGACGAAAGCAGUCACCGUUAUGCCUUGCAUCCACUUCCGAUUCCGAAAGCAUUGAUUAUUCCUCGAAAUGUUCCGAAUUCGUCCAAGAUGAGUAAUAAGUGA